AUGAGCUUUCCAGGAAUGACGCCGCCCAUUGGCGGUAUGGGAGGUGCUGGUGGUGCUAAUAUGCAGGGUAUGAGCGAGCAGGAGCAGGCGAUGGUGAAGGCUAUGCACGCCGCCAUGGAGUCCUGUCCUGUGAAGACCGUCAUCUCAGGAACAAUGGGUUUCGCACUGGGUGGUGCCUUCGGCCUGUUCAUGGCUAGUAUGUCCUACGACUCCGCAUUCACACCGCAAGGCGCCGCGAUCUCCGACCUCCCCUGGCGCGAACAAGUCCGCCGCGGCUUCAAGGACAUGGGCGCCCGCUCCUGGUCCUCGGCUAAGAACUUCGGCAUCGUUGGCGCCCUGUACUCCGGCACCGAGUGCUGCAUCGAGGGCCUGCGUGCGAAAAACGAUCUCACGAAUAGUGUCGCGGCCGGCUGCAUCACGGGUGGCAUCCUCGGUGCGAAGGCUGGCCCGCAGGCGGCGGCGGCAGGCUGUGUGGGCUUUGCGGCGUUCAGUGCGGCGAUCGAUGCGUAUAUGAGGAUGCCAUCAGAGGAGUGA